AUGCCCCGGAAGCGGCUCCAAAAGCAGAGCUUUGCCAUACACCAAGACACAAAUCAAGCGUCAGCCCGGACCCUCGACAGCCUGGACCAGGUCCAAUUGCUAAAUGACGACGGCGGCAACAUUCGAAAGCUGACACCUGCCUCGACUGGCUCCAUCAAUAGCAUGCAAACUGCGUCACGGAACAUUGUGGCCAAGCAUGCCAUUGGCCGCACGUCUACCAUUCGCAGCGUCCCCAGCUUCGACGGCUCCGAUUCGAGUCACGAGACCAAACAGAGCCCCUUUUCCAGCAGCACCAAUAGCAACACGAGCGCCGCAUCAACCGCUCUUGCGGCGCCCGGCUACGACAAGGCGGCCAGCCGGUCAGCGUCAGGCGCUGCUGCGGCUGACACACACACGACAACCGCGGCGAGCCGCUGGAGCGCCAACGGCGUCCGCGUAAUAGAAACCCAGAAGCAACAGCCAGGGCCGCUAAUCAACGACGGUUCGGUGCUCUCUGAGCCCACGGACGGUGAGAAUGGGCAAUGGGAUUCCACGAUUGGCAAGGCCGGUCUGGGCAAGACGGGACGCGUCAUCAACAAGCUCGUCAGCGACAACGACGCCCUGAAACGCGAGAUUCAGAUUGAGCGUCUGCGCGCUGAGGAGGCCAAGCAGGCCGCCAAACUGAUCGAGGACAAGAUGGAGCGCAUGGUCAGUGAGUACGAGGGCCGACUGCUCGAGGCCAGCGUGACCAAGACGCUGCUCGCUCGCAAAGAACGCCAGGUCGAGUCCCUGACGGCCACCGUCGACGUGGAGCGCAGAAAAGCCGCCGCGGCGCUCGAGUCGGAGCGCACGUGGAAGGAGGCAAUGCAGCAGGCGCGCGGCGAUGCCAAGACGCAGGUCGAGCACGCGGCGACGCACGCACAGCUCGUCGACGGCCGCUACAACGCCAUUGCGUCGCACUGGCGCGAACAGGGCGAGCAGGUUGCGCGCGCCGUCACCAAGAUGCGCGCCGAGAUUGCCGAGAUUGUCGAUGAGCGCGCGCGCGACGAUGACAAGAUCCGGACGCUGCGCGACCUCUGCGAGCAGCAGGACGGCAACAUUCGGGAGCUGCGCCGUGAAAAGGAGGAGAUUGCGCGGCUGUUUGCGCAGUACAAGACGACGCAGGACGACGACCUGCGCGCGAUACGGACAAAUGCCAAGAAGAGAGAGGAUGAGCAGGAGAAGAUGCUGGCAGAGGCGAGAGAAGCGCUGCAUAAGCUGAAAUGGGCCCUCAACGUCAAGAACAACGUCAAGGGCGCGCAAUGA